AUGUCAAACGUAGCAGUAUAUACUUCAUCAGCAACUGGAAUGUUGAAGAUCAAGAAGGAUCAACAAGCUUUGAAGACUCUCUUGGAGGCCAAAGGUAUCAAAUACAUUGAAUAUGAUGUUGCUUCUGAUCAAGAGAAAAGAGAGCACAUGAAAAAAGUCAGUGGUAAAACCGAACUCCCACAAUUGUUUGUUAAUGAUAAGUUUGUUGGUAACUACGAUGACUGUCAAGCAUUGGAGGAAGUCGACCAAUUCAUGGCUCUCUUCAAUUAA